GCGCGAGCUGCACACACACCACACACACACGCGCACGCACACUCACGCACACAGAGCAGGGAGAGAAACACACUCAGACUCACGCUCAGGAGCAGUUUGCCGAGGCUCACUACAGCUUUGCAAAUCUCUCGUCAUUACGGAGAUCUCCCUCUUUUCUCUCGUCUCUUCAGCUUUCACACAGUAAAAGGACAAUAAGGUCUGCUUGCUGACAAGAGCACCAGCGAGCUGCCGCGCAAAAACAACGCUCCAAAUUACCCGAUUCUUCUUUGAGGUUCUCGUCCGGCAAGAAAACGGAGGUCGUAGGGCUGGAGUGUGUUCUCAUGGCGGAGUCAGAGACUGAAUGUGACACACCCGGCCUUGACACACUUGGGUCGGAGUGUGUCAUAGCCCACAGCCAUGUCGACCUACACUAUGGAGCAGAAACUGAGAUCAUGACGGAGGAGAAGCGCGGACUUGAGCUGGAGAUCCACGGCUCAGACUUAAAGAUCCAGGGGCUGGGGACGGACCUCGGGGCUGUGGCCUGCGUGGACGCCAUUGUAGCAGAGACGGACCACGAUUACAUUAAAGUGGAACACGGUGACAUGCACUGUUUCACAGCGGCAGAGAUCAAGACCACGGGGACCGAGACGCUGCUGGGAGAGGUGCUGCUCAAGACGGAGAGCGAGCAUGUGGUGAAGGUGGAGUCCGACCAUGGCGGGGAGUUGACCGUCGAGUCUGAGAACGGCGUGAUCAUCCACGAGGCCCACGGCCUGCAGUGCAACGAGUGCGGGGAGAUCUUUGGCAGCAUAGCCGAUCUUCACCAACACUUUGAGAUCCACAAGGACCUCAACCCGUACAUCUGCGUGCACUGUGGCGAGAGCUUCGCCGUCGAGGCCAGCCUCAAGCAGCACAUGAAGAUUCACAUGAAAGAGAAGCCCUACGUCCCCCCGGGAGUCGAGAUCAUGGGCAAAGAUGUCAUUGAUGCCUUCAGCCUUAAAUCCCAUCAGAUGAUUCAUUUGCCGGACAAGCCCCACAGAUGCUCGGAGUGUGGCAAGAGCUUUGCGGCCGCCAUCACUCUGAGAGAACACAUGAAGAUGCAUUCAGAGGACAAGCCCUACAAGUGCACUCAGUGCAGGAAGAGCUUUGUGCGCAGGAGGCAUCUGAAAAAGCACCAGGAAGUCCACGCCCGAGAGAAGCCGUAUACCUGUGGCCAGUGCGGCAAAGGCUUCGCCACGACCUCGAACCUGAAGCAGCACCAGAAGACCCACGCCGCGGCCGUGCUCGGAGAGAAACCCCACCAGUGUACGCAGUGCGGCAAGUGUUUUGCCGCCGCCGCCACUCUGAGGGAGCACCAGAGGAUCCAUUCUGGCGAGAAGCCAUACAAGUGCAACAUGUGCAGGAAGAGCUUUGUCCGUAAGCGCCACCUUAAGAAGCACCAGCAGGUCCACGCCGGAGGAAAGCCCUACACCUGCAGACAUUGCAACAAGGGCUUCAACCACUCCUCUUCGCUCUCCCGCCACCACAAGACCCACCUGCAGAACCCCGUGUUUUCUCCACCUCAGCCUGGGAAAACUUUGACGUUUGGCACUCCCCCGAAGCAGCGAGUGCACCAGCAGGGAGACAAGCCGUACAUGUGCCACCACUGCGAGAAGGGCUUCAAUCAUUCCUCCUCCCUGUCGCGGCACCAAAGAGUCCACUCGGAGGGCAAGAGCUACACCUGCGGUCACUGCGGCAAGAGAUUCAAUCACUCCUCCUCGCUCGCCAGGCAUCAGAGGAUUCACCUGGAGAACAAGCAGCCGCCGCAGACGCCAGAGCCACAGCCCCCCCAGCCGCAGGAGUACACCACCAUCCCCUCGCCGAAGGUGUUCCCCAACAACGCCUUCCCCAAACAGCGCAUCCUGUCCGUUGAGAAACCCUACAGGUGCAACCAGUGUGGAAAAGGCUUUAACCAUUCAUCGUCCCUCUCCAGACAUCAUAGGAUUCACGUAGAUCAUCCCCACGCCAACAUCGCCACAACACAGGAGACAUCAAGCCAGCUUCUGCAGACAAGUGGUCAGGUCAGCACAUGACUGUUUUGAAGCGGAGGAGCCGAAACGGACAGAAACACACCCGUCUUUGAAAGGAAACUCUGCUCGGCCUGAAGAGACUGUGCAGCCUGUAAUUGAGAGCUGAACCCAGGGCUUUGUGCUUCAGUUUAGAGCGCGUGUAAUAACGGAGUGUGAAGGAGUCAUUUCACGUGCUUCAGGACUUCUUUUCAACACUUUCAAAGGAAAAAAAAACUGAUUGGAGUGAUAUAUGAUGACAUUGUCACGGGAGGGGGGAGAGGAUUUCAGGUGGGCUCACAUGCUUUUCAGCUGCAACCUUAUUCAACGCUACCAACACAAUUGGUGAACUAGAACAUUCUCAGUUUGAAUAGUUAUUUCUUUUUCACCCAAAUAACCAUAUGUGAAGAAAAUAUAAAAAAAAAACAAUGUAAAUACUGAUUUUCUUUUAUAUAUAUAUGUAUAGGUGACUAGUGUGCUGUUCCAAAAGAUGACAUUUUUGAUAGUAAGAUCCACUUUGUCUCCGCCUUGUUUUUCCUUUGACUUUGAUUUAAGUUUUGGAGAUGAAAUCUGUUGCAGACAUUCUCAUGCAGCUUGUUAUUGAAAUUGGGCUCCCGUAGACAUGAGCCGUCUUGUAUAUUUAUGAGGCUGUUUUUUUUUUGUAUGUCUACGUUGGGUUUAGCACUGUUGCAUAGACUGUACAGAGAGCAAUACUGGCUGACACCCCGAGUCUCCAAUGACAUGCAAUUUAGCCAUAAAAACUGCAAACUAGAGAAUAAAAAUCUGUUGGGUAGCAUCUGACAUAAACUGUGUCCUAAUUAUUUGCAGCGUGGUUUUUCCAGCCCAAAUGUACAUGAAAUGCAACUUCACACUUUAAUCCUUUGUCUAAAUCAAACACUGGGUGCAGAGUACGUAAGGAACUACUGUUCCUGUUGACGCUGUCGCAAUUUGCUUUAAAAAAAAAAAACGAAGACCGAAGUUGUUUAUUCUUAAAAACUACAUGAGGAGGAUCCUCACUUUUACCAGAUCUUUCGGAUACCUGACAGACGAUGCUCGACUUACUGUUCCGUGUAAAAUAUCUUUUACAAACUGAUGUAUUUUUUUAGACAUGGCUUGGGUUCUAUGAAAGGGAAUGAGAGAGAAACAGCUUUUAUGAGAGUGAACAUUUGGGUGAGCAAUAUUUUCUUUUUAUUUGGAUAACAAUUGUGCUUCAAUCUGUAGCAUAGGUUACUUCCUUGUGUUAGAUAGGUGCCUUAUUGCAUGCUAUGUAGAAAUGUAUGCCGAGCUGUUAUUUGAGGAAAAAAAAAAAAAGUUAGGGGUUUUCAGGAGUCUUUUGUUCUUAUUCAUACUAACUUACCCGACAUUUUAAUUUGUUGUCACUGAUACCCUUUAUUUUGUUUUUUUAUUUUCAUGUAUAUUACCAUGUGUUUACACUGUUACGACCAUAUUGUCUAUUUGUUUUUCCCCUUCACUUUUGUCAAUGGCCUCAAUGUUGAGGGAAAAAAAUGUAAAAGAUCCAUAUAGACUUCUCUUAAGGGCAAAUCCUGUAACACCUCUUCCCAGUUUCUGAGUGGCACAUAUAUGGACAAAUAAAGGUUGUUGACUCUCA